CGUAAACUACCGGCGAAUAUAUUUCGCGUCAUUCGCGGACAUUCUGUACUUCUUUGCCGCGUAUCGUCGAGUGAUCCAUCCAGAGGACUAAAGUGCAGGACGAGGCAGAGGACUCUGCUCGAUUUUUUCCCUUAGAAUAUUUUUUUUUCAGUUUUUCGGAUUUAUUUUGAGGACGCGCCAUGUCGGCGUGGACUCGACUAAGGGAACCAGGACCGGUACUGAUAUUUUUAGUUCUGUUUUUCAUACCACAACUAGUUUUAUCAGCCCCCUUCGAAGGUGAUAAAGAAGCAGAAAUUGAAUACUAUCCAGUCGCCGACGCUACUGGUUGCUACUACAAUUUCGAACAUUACGAUGAAGGGGAUAGGAUAAUCACAAACGAACCAUGCCUAAAUUGUACCUGCCACAAUAGGAUGCUGAUGUGUUACCUCAGAGUAUGUCCGUUUACGAAAGCAAUAGGUCAAGAUUGUAAAGUAGAGAAAAAACCGGAUCAAUGUUGUCCAACAAUCACUUGUCCCGAAGUUCCAGUACAAUUAUUACCGCAAGCUUCAACAACUCCAACAGCUUUAGGACACUUAAACGAAUACGGUUGUUCCAUCGAUAACCUCUUCUACUCAGACGGAGCUAAAGUCCCAUCGAACCCGAGCAAUCCCUGCGAAGUAUGUUAUUGUAUCAGAAAUAAAACCGCGUGUAUCAUACAAGAAUGUACUUUAACUGGUAAAGUUGUGGAAGGCUGUAAACCUGUUUAUAUUGAAGGAGUAUGUUGUCCCGUGCGAUACGAUUGUGAACAUCCAGAAUAUCCCGAAAUCGAAACAACAACAAAACUACUACUCACAACAACUACAACUGAAGCAGCCACAACUACCCUUAUACCGACAACAAUUAAACCUCCAAGUCAUUGUAUCUACAACAACGAAAUAUACGCUGAUGGUGCAUUAGUUAAAAAAGAUGUACCCUGCGAAAAAUGUUAUUGUAUGAGAGGAGAUAUGGUAUGCGCAGUACAAGAAUGUGGACCCACUCCUUUGGAUAAAGUCAACUGUACCGCUUUACCUCCAAAAGAAGGUAAUUGCUGCCCUGACACUUACGAUUGUGACAUGGUAUCUGAAGAAGAUUUAACUACAAUUUCUUCCUACGAAGCUCCAACAACUCAACCGACCGUUAUAUUAUCACAAACUGGCGUAGAUGAAACAACUCAACCAAAGAUCGAUGAAGUAGUAACUGAAUCAGUAGAAACAAAACAACCAGAACUAGAAAUUACAACAGAAUCAUUCACAGCAAAAGUAACAGAAAUAGUAACCACUAUUAGUUCAUUGAUAUUUGGUAGUUCCGAACCUGAACAACCAAAUAUAGAAAUAACAACUACAUCAUCUAUAAAAUCAGAACAAACAGAAUCUUCAGAAGGAGAUGUAGUUGAACUUACUACUGAAAAGACACAAGAAAAGGUAGAAGAACCAUCCAGUUAUGAAGAUAAGGAAACUACACCAAUACCAUCAGGAAUCGAAGACGAACGAACAAGACCUAUAGAUAAAGAAGGAGAAACUAAAAAACCACUUUUGGUUCAACAAGUUGAAGAAAGUACCACAAACCAAGCGACAACCGUAGCUGAAUCGGAAAGCACUAUCUUAAACAAAGAUAUCACUGAGGUAGCAACUAAAUCUCCUGAGGAGAUAUCCAAGGAAACUGAACCACCAGUAACGGAGAUAACUAGCCAAGAACCUAAAGAAACUGAUCGUCCUACAUUAGAACAUUCAGAAACGACUGAAGAACCUAAGGAAACGCCUAAAGAAGAAGAAUUACCAGUUACUAAUAUAGAAGUAACUACUAAAGCUAAAGAUAUAACUACUGAAAUUGUACAAACUACACAACAACCUACCACAGUAGAAAUUGAAGAAACUAAAAUAACGAAAACAGAAAAAACUGUUGAAUUAUCUCCACAAACAUUAUCGACUAUUGAAGAAGCGACUAGUGAUGAAAUAACUACAAAAGCAGUUCAAGAAUCAGAACCAACAAUUGUAGAAUUAACCACACAAGUACCACACAAAACAGAAGUACCUAUUGCAGAAUUUACUAGCGAACAACCAAAAGAGGCAACAGAAUCUGCAGUAGAAACAACUACACAAGUAACCAUAGAAACAAAACUUCCUGGUGCAGAAAUACCUGGCGAAGACGCUAAUGAAACCACGAUUCAUGAAAUCGAAAUAACAACUCAAGCAUCUCAACAAACAGAAGCGCCUAAAGCAGCGAUAACAACAAGUGAACAACCCGUGGAAAUCACACAGUCUGCAACAGAAGAAUCUAAAGGAACAGAAGCGAAUAUUGAAGAAGUAAUAAGUGAAAAAUCUGAAGAAAGUACCCAAUCCAAAGUAGAUAUUACAACAGAAGCAUCUAAACAAACAGAGGGUCCUACUGAAGGAACUGAAGAGGUUGUCACUACAGAACAAUCUAAGAAAACAACUAUUGCUGAAGAAACAAGUGAAAAAUCUGGAAUAGAAAUUACAACACAAACUGAGAUAUCUACGAACGAAGAAAUUGAACAUGCUACUAAAGCUGAAGCACAAAUUACUACAGAAGCUUCAAUUGCAGAAGUAACAACAAAAGAGACUGAGGAAGCUUCGCAACAAGAAGCUGAAAUCACAACUGAAGGAUAUAAACAAACAGAAGCUUCUAUUGCAGAAGUAACAACUGAAAAGACUAAGGAAAUCUCACAAACUGAAGCCGAAAUUACGAGUGCAGUAUAUAAAGAAACAGAAAUUCCUGUUGCCGAAGUAACAACUGAAGAAGCUAAGGAAGUCUCGCAAACAGAAAUCGAAAUUACAACCGGAGUAUAUAAAGAAACAGAAGCGCCUAUUGCAGAAGUAACAACUGAAAAGACUAAGGAAGUAUCACAAUCUGAAGCCGAAACUACAACUGAAGAAUAUAAGCAAACAGAAGCUCCUAUUGCAGAAGUAACAACUGGAGCAGCUAAGGAAGUCUCGCAAACAGAAAUCGAAAUCACAACCGCGGUGUAUAAAGAAACAGAAGCUCCUAUUGCCGAAGUAACAACUGAAAAGGCUAAGGAAGUCUCACAACCUGAAGCCGAAAUUACGACUGAAGAAUAUAAGCAAACAGAAGCUCCUAUUGCUGAAGUAACAACUGGAGCAGCUAAGGAAGUCUCGCAAACAGAAAUCGAAAUCACAACCGCGGUGUAUAAAGAAAUAGAAGCUCCUAUCGCCGAGGUAACAACUGAAAAGACUGGGGAAGUCUCACAACCUAAAGCCGAAAUUACGACUGAAGAAUAUAAGCAAACAGAAGCUCCUAUUGCUGAAGUAACAACUGAAAAUACUAAAGAAGCUUCGCAACCUGAAGCCGAAAUCACAACUGCAGUAUAUAAAGAAACAGAAAUUCCUGUUGCCGAAGUAACUACUGAAAAAACUAAAGAAUCUGCGGAACCUGAAGCUGAAAUUACAACUAAAGUUUAUAAAGAAACAGAAGCUCCUACUGCUGAAGAAACAACUGAAAGGGCUAAAGAUGAUACGAAACCUGAAGACGAAAUUACAACUGCAGUAUAUAAAGAAACAGAAGCUCCUAUUGCUGAAGUAACAACUGAAAAGACUGAAGCAGAAGCAGAACUUACAACACAAACAACCAAACAAACAGAAGCUUCUAUUGCAGAAAUGAGUGGUGAAGAAACAACUCAACAUAAAAUCGAAAUUACUACACAAGUAUCUCGACAAAAAGAUACUACGGAAUCAGAAAUAACUGAGCCUAAAUCAGAAAUAACAACAGAAACACCUCAAGUAACGGAUGUAGGAAAAGAUUCUAUUACCGAAGCCGUUACAGAAGCCGAACAAUUUGUAACUAAAGUACAACCCAUAGAAACGGAGCCACACGUUACAGAGGGAAAACAAGAAGGAAUAGAUGAAGAAUAUGCAGGCACGGUAGUCACCACUGAAAAACCUAGAGAAACAACAACUAUAUUAUCGGUUGGAAAAGAAAUAGAACCAACAACAACUGAAGAAAUGGAAAUAGUUACAAGCGCAGCACUGAACGAUACUGAAAAACCGUUAUCAAUGGAUCAUAAAUCUGAAACUCGAAUCCCUACUAAAGAACAGACUGUGGAAACUACUAAACCAGCAGAGUUGACAACACCACAGCAAUCAACCGAUGCACCUAGAGAAGAAAUUUCAACAACAAAGGAACCCGCGAAAGAAAGCAAUGAAAUCCCUGAAGUUUGUACGAAGGAAUCUUGUCAUCAACUAGGAGAAGAACCACCAAGUACUGAAAAAGAACCAAUAAUAAAAGAUCACACCGAAUCAAACCAAAUUCCAGAAGGGCCAAUAAAAGAAACUUCCGAACCUGAAACCGAAACAAAAGUAUCAGAACAUGAUAUAGUAGGAACUACCGUAUUGCCAACCUCUCCGAGCACUAAAGAAGAAUUUGAAAUUACUACUGAAGAAUCUGGAAUCAAACAAACCACGAAGGAAGCCGCUACAGUAACAGAACAAACCACAAUUAAAGAAAUCGUAACUGAAGCUCCUUCAGAAACGAAGUUAACAGAAGGAUCUACUGAAGGACAGUUCGAAACGACCUCUCACGAUUAUAGAGAUAAUGAAAUAUUACCAGAAGUAACGGAAAAAUUAGACGAGGAACGAAUUACCGAGGUCACUCCUUCGGACAAAACUGAAGCACCUUCUGAACAAGAAAUCACAACACCUUCAUCUACCGUUUCUGAAGAACAUACUGUAUCUGAAAGUGUAGAUAUCCAAACAACCGAGUCUGUUAAAACUGAAACUAAACCAGCGGAAGAAGUAACAACAGCAAGAGCUUCAUUAGAUCAACAAACUGAAGGAUUUACAAAUGAAUUGCCCGUAGUUACAGAAGAAGAAAGAGAACAUGGUAUACCAGGUGAAGGCAGUUGUUUAGUCGAAGGAAAAACUUACAACAACAAUUCCCAAGUGCCUCCUUUCAAUCAUUGUCAAGUUACUUGUAGAUGUGUCAGUUCAAUUCUUAGAUGCCAGCACGUACCUUGUCCCGAUCCACCUAGUAGUGAUUGUCUCCCUGUUGUACCAAGACCAGAAAAUAGCUGCUGCCCUGUUUAUAAAUGCAAUGAAGUUGAUACUGGAAUAGAAUCAAGCAGUCAAGCUAUUGAGACGACCACAAUAGGUGAAGAGAAAUCUACCGAAGCUGUAGCAACUUCCCAACCUAUUGAGAAGACUGGUUCAUCAGCAGAAGAAGAGCGGCAUAAAGAAAUUGAACCUGAAAUACCAACUACACAAGCUUCUGUUUCAUCUGAACCUACUAGUUUCGUAACUGGAAACGAAAUUACAGAACCAGAAAUAUCUCCAGAAGUAUGUACCAAAGAAGGAUGUGCUCCAGUAAAACCCGGCGCACAUACGGAAGUAGAAAAAGAAAUAGAAACCACUACAAGUUCGCUACCAAGAGAAACAGAACCAAUAUUUACAUCAGAAGUAUGUACUAAAGAAGGAUGUGCACCAAAAGUACCAAGUUUGGUUACAGAAGAAGAAAAAGAACUAGAAACCACUACUAUACCAAAAGAAGCAGAAUUACCUAGUGUCACACCUUCCCAAGAAGAAGCCAGCAAAACCGAUGGAGUCAUUUCACAACAAGUAACAACAGAGGAACCAGUUGAAGUAACUACUGAAAUUAAACAGUCAUCAAUUCCAGAAAUAACCCAACCUGAUACAAUUACACCUCUGAAAGAAGCUGUAACUCCAGGUCUAGAUAUGGAAACCGCAUCAACUGAAAAAUCAGUUGAAACAACUAUGACCUCUGAAGAGGUCACAAAGAAAUUGUACCAAGAACAAAAGACAGAUCAACCUACUACCGAGAAACCGAAAGAAGCUACAGACUUAACAUUUAGUGAAACAGUUUCUGUUCAACAAACUACUGCUAAAUCAUCUGAAGGGGAGAUAACAUCCACUGAACAACCUAUGAAACCUGGCAUCAGUGAAGAAGAAUUGCAGACAACGCCAUCUUUGACCGAAAGAAAACCAGAUGAAAUAGCAACGACUCAAGCUGGAAUAUCUGUAGAUGAAACCGAAAAACCAACAGAGGCUAUCAAAGAAACUGAAGUAGAAAUAACGACGGUUAUUAGUGCCGAAACAGAACCACAUCAACAAGUUACAGGUGGACAACCAGAAAAAGAAGAAACAACAACUUUGGGUAGCACAAAAGAAGAACCAAUAACAGAGCCUGCUACGGAAAAAUCUGUAACAAUAGGAGAAACCACAGAGAAAGAAAUAGUUACAGAAGGUACUAUCCAGAAAACUGAUCUUCCUAGUGGAUCUUCUAUUGCUGAAGAAACACCAGAUGAAGAAACAAAUACAUCUGCAGCUGCAGAAAAGACUCCAGCUACCGAAAUUUCAAAUGAAGUUACUGAGGCAAACGUAACAGAAUCUGUAACUAAACAACCCGUAGAAGUUACUGAUGCUAAAGCAACUGAUUUACCAGAAAUUUCAACAACCUCUGUAACAAAUAUUGAAACCACCAAACAAGAAGAGACUAAACCUUCCGAAGCUAUUCCUACGAGUGAAGCAGCUGAAGAACCUGAAUUAACAACUGUUGAAAAAACCAGUAAAGCUACAUUAGAGCCAGAAGUAACAACUGCCAAAGAGGAUGUUGAAGGUACAACUAGAGCAGCUACAGAAGAGGAAGGAACAACUAUAGAAGAAAAACCUGGUGCUCCUAGUAAGGUAACUACUGAAGCUGAAGCGACAACAACUAGUAAAAUAACUGGAGAACCUGAAGCGACAACAACUAGUAAAAUAACUGGAGAACCUGAAGCGACAACGGCUAAAGAAGAAAUUGAAACAACCAGUAACCUAGUAACUACUACCAGUAAAGUAGUCUCUGAACCUGAGGUUACAAUUGUUGAAGGAGAAAUCGAAACUACAAGUAAAGCAGCUGCAGAACCUGAAUUAACAACUGUUGAAGCUACCAGUAAAUCAGUUGAAUCCGAAGGAACAACUGCUAAAGAAGAGAGUGUAGCUACAACUGAGGCAACUGUGGAAAAAGAAAUAACAACUAUCAAAGAAGCUGAUAUAAGUACUGUCAAGGUACCUGCAGAGCCUGAGGUUACAAGUAUUAAAGAAGACUAUGAAACUACCAGUAGUAAAUCAUCUGUAGAACCAGAAGUUUCAUCUCCUAAAGAGGAAAUUGAAGUCACAACGAAAGCAGAUAUAGCAAAAGAAAUUGAGGUGACUAGUAAGGCAACUGCAGAAUCUGAAAUAACUACUACUAGUGAGGUGCCUGAAGUUACAAUUGUUAAUGAAGAAACUGGAGCUACUAGUAAAUCAGUAAUUGAAUCUGAAGCAACAACUGUUGAGGUUACUAGUAAAGCAACUGAGCUUGAGACAACUAGUAAAUCAGUAGAACCUGAAGUAACAACCGGUGAGGAAAAGAUUGAAGUCACUAGUGAAGCAUCUAUAGAGCCAGAAUUGACAACUAUUGAAGAAAAAGUUGAGACAACUAAAAAGUCAACAGAGCCUGAAGUAACAACUCCUAAAGAAGAGAUUGAGGUUACUAGUAAAGAUACUAUAGAACCGGAAUUUACAACUAUUGAAGCUAAAGUUGGAACAACUAGUAAGUCAAUAGAGCCGGAAGUAACAACUCCUAAAGGAGAGACCGAAAUUACUAGUAAAGCAGCUGUGGAAACUGAAUUGACAACAGUUGAAGGUAAAGUUGAAACAACUAGUCAAGCUACAGAACCUGAAGUAACAACUCAUGCAGACGAAAUUGAAAUCACUAGUAAAGCAGCCAUUGAACCGGAAUCGACAACUAUUGGAGAUAAAUUUGGAGCAGCUGUAGAACCACAAAUGACGACAGCUGCAGAAAAGAUUGAAACCACCAGCAAGGCAGCACUUGAGUAUGAAGAAACAACUCCAAGUGAAGCAGCAGCUGGAGAAGGAGAUAUUGAAAGUACUAGUAAAGCAGCUAUGGAUGACAAGGUCGAUACGAGCAAAUCAACUCUAGAACCUGAAACAACUCCUAAGGAAGAGAAAAUUGAAACUACUACUGUAGAAAUUAGGGCCACAACACUUAAAGAAAUGAUAGAAUUUACUACACAAACACUCAAGGUAGAACCUGCUACAGAACAACCUAAACAAGCGGAAUUCACCUCACCUCAAAUUAGUACUGAAGUAAUUAGCAAUGAUACUGAUCAUUUAUACACCUCUGGACCUCAAGUAGAAACGACAACAAAGAUACACGGCGUUGAAGGCGAACUUUCCACCUCUAUACCACUUUCUCCGGCAUCCACUACUAAAUCACCAAUACCAGAACAUCAUCACAAGCCUGGGCAACAUGAACACGUUCCAGACUUACCAGACUAUCAAUCACCUGCGGAAGAUUACGAUGAAGAAGAACCUAGUCCACUCGGUCCAGGAACAUGUCGAUAUGGUGGCAAAGUUUUCGUAUCCGCUCAACAAAUACCUCGCGACGAUCCAUGUGAUUUCUGUUUCUGCUUCAGAAGUGAUAUUAUAUGUCUUCAACAAAGUUGUCCACCACCAAUACCCAAUUGUCACGAAGAACCGAUAAGAGGAUUCUGCUGUCCUAGAUAUGAAUGUCCCGUAUCUAUGGCUACUGCUCUUAAUUUGACGACGACAACAACAACAACGACGACUACGUUACCACCACACUUUUUCCCUCACGCAUAUAGGGGCAGAGCCGCCAAGACUGGAUGCCAAAUCAAAGGACAAGAUUACAAUGUAGGUGACUACAUCAAAUCUGCAUCUGGGCCAUGUAUGCAAUGCAUAUGUGGAGCUGAUGGCCAGAUGAAAUGUGAUCCAAAACAAUGUAAUCCAGAGCCAAUGUUAAGGCAAAUGCUCCAAGCUGCCUCUUCGUCGAGAAGGAGGAGAUGAAUUGUUGUUUAAUAACUAGUGACAAUGCUACAAGUGAUACAGACAAUUUUUUACAAAUUGAUUAACUAGUGUCGUCGAACUUUUUUUACAAAAGAAUAUAAACAAGCAUUCUCGGGUGCCAAAAAAAGUAUGGACGUUAAUUAUUUAGCGUGCCUUCAAAUCUCGAAAAUAAUUCUUAGCGUAUAUCGAAUGGUGCAAUACGGAAACAAGUAUAAUUGGAAAAAUUCACAUCACACAUUAUUUUUAAUAAUAAAAAUCAUGACCAACCUGUUUGUUUUUGACAUAAAAUCACUUAGCAACGUUUGUACAAUAUUUGUAAUAUCUUUGAGGCAUACAUACAAUCCAACUUGUCUUUAUCUUGUUCUUUAAGUAAUUUUGACUUCCACCUCAAUAAUGUUUAGACAUAGUUUAUCGAAUUUUUUCAAAUAUACUGUUUCUAAAUUUAGAAUUGCGAAUGUAUACUCGACUUAAUAGAUUAUCAAGCCAAUUUAUGGAAAAUGAGAAGUUCGAAUAUUAAAAUAUCCGAUAAAAGCAGAAAAAUAUGUGACAUGAACUUCCGUAAUAAUGUUUUCAUAUUCUGGCUUAUUUUAGGAAACAUGACUGACGAAAUUUUUACACUUUUGUAAUUAUACAGUUUUUGGAGUGUCGUUUUUUUAUUUUAUUUUUGAAAAGAAAGCCAUUUCUUAUAAUACGCCGGCUCUUUUAAUAUUUAUAUAGUAUUACUAUUUGUGUUGCGUAUCCCCAAACAGUCUCAGUUGUUUGACUAGCAGAAAAAUAGUUUUCUUUCUUCUUUUAUUAUAGUUAGGUGGAUAUUGAAAUAAAAUAAUCUUUUAAAUCUCUUCUUUUCUGCUACUUGAACGCUUAGACUUUUCCCUGUAUAUUUAUGGAUGCUCAAUAUUAUAGUUAAGUAGAGUAUGUAGUAUUUAUCAAUUAUAAUGAAUAAAUUGUGUAAAAAACUC